GCCAACUACGACAAUGAUCGCCAUGAGCAAGCCCAAGACCAAGUGGACGAAAGACGAGCUUGCGCAACUCAAGCUUGUGAACCCCAAGCUCACGACGUGGAAGGAGGUCCAGCUCGCCUUUCUUCGCCACAGCGCUGAAGACUGCCGACAGAAGUGGCAUUCCGAGUUCACCUCCAACAAAAAGGGACCAUGGACGCUCGAAGAAGACGAGAAACUUCGCCACGCCAUGACUCUCACGACCAAGUGGACCACGGUCGCCCGCAUUGUCGAGACGCGCUCGUAUCGCCAGUGCCAGACCCGCUGGGAACGCAUGCAGAAGAAGGGCCUGACGACCGCGCGCAACUCGACGCCCCGCUGCUGCCCCACCGAGGAGGAACUGGAGACGGCGACCGAGCUGCCGCCGCUGGACGACGACGAUCUUCUUGACCUCAGCUUUUUGAGUAUCGACCUCAGUGGCGGCGACUUGUUGACGAUGCUGUUCACGCCGUGCGAGGCGCCAACCGCCGAGACGGAAGACAUCGAGUCGGAGUGGCACGCGGCUCCCAUUGCGCCGACGCUCGACCCCUCGACCUCUGCGGUGUCGGACAUGCAUCUGAUGUACCAGAUUACCCAGCGCUUGCCGGCGACGGCCGUGGCGGAGGCCGAAGACGACGCCUCGUCGCCCGAGACCAUGGUGGACGACAUCGACUCGCCGCUGAACUACAUGCCCGCCUGUUUGUGGCUUGACAUGGACGAGCCGAUGUCCGUGGUUCACGUGUAAGCAGUUAUUGUAGCUAGCCAUCAUACUAUAUAUAUAGAUGUCAAUCGAUUUGUGUAUAAGUCUGUGCUGA